AAGCCUCUCUCUGGGAAUACCACGAAAGACAGGACAAUACGAGGCUUGGCAUGCCCAGUGAGACUCCCCCAUGCUCAGGCUCUGUUUGAGAAGUCUCCCUGGUGCCACAUGCCGCUUGUCUGCUCGCUGCAGCCCUGGGUGGCGACACAGUGAUAGCCAUCCUGAGUGAGAGUGAGAGAGACUGCCAUCCAGCCUUUCCUACAUUAAUUUGAAGUGUCUUGCAUAAUGGCAGCUGCAGAUCUUCAACAGAUCCUUCAGAAACUUCGUAUACUGCCUGAAGAUGAUUUUAAGGAAGAAGAUAUUAAUGUAUUAAUUGUGACAUGCCAGAAGUGUUUGGAGGAAGAGCAGGCGGCCCUUCUGCUCAACGUAAUCCGAGAUGAGGAAAACCAGGUAAUUAUCAGGAGCGUGGGAUGGAAUCUUAUCGGCCCAGUUACAAGCUGGUUUCAGAAAUGUCCUGAGGAUGAUGACAAAAGGAAGCUCUGCUUGGAAAUGAUAAAUCAGUUAAUUCAAAUAUGUAACCUAAAGGAGGUUCUGUUGGGUUUACUUGAACAUAUAGAUGAGGCCAAAGGAGAAGAUAUACCUCAUGUUAUUUUGCUUCUCCUGGAUCCACUUCAGAAAGUUCUUCUGAACCUCGGCAACAAAAAGGCGUAUUCUGUGGGAAUCUCGCUGUCAACCAUCCACGCUCAGCUAUGCCUUCUACCCGUGCCAUACACUCGAGAACAGAUCCAGGAAGACAAGCACUUUGUCUGCCAGUGUUUCUCCGCAUUGCUGCAGUUUGCUAAACCAUUUGUUGAUCUGGUCUCUCAAUCCACAGACGUUGCGAAGGAUUCAGAAAGCGAAGAGCUAAGAAAAGAAUUGGCAACAUUUUGUUAUAGUUGUUUGAAGCAGCCCCUGCUUGGUGCGCCGCUGCAUGUACUUCCUGAAGACAUGGGUGACAACCCUUUCCACUUGUUUGCUAAAGAGAUUUUGCGCUAUUUUGUAUUAUUAGGAGAAUCUCUGCAUAGAGCAUUUUUGAAGCGUGUUAAUGUAACUCAAAUGCUGGAAAGUAAAGAAAUUGGGCAAGAAGAAGAAGAAAAGUAUGCUGACGAGUCUUUGGCCUGCCUCUCCUACCUCCUGUUCGUACAGCAUAUAGGAAUAGAUGACUUCCCCUGUGUGUUUGGACCAUCAUUUGUUGUAAAGUCGAACAUGGAACAUAUUGAUGUACUAUUAAGAAGAACUGAAGAAUCAGUGUUGACCAAAGGGCUUGAGUUGUUUGAGAGCAGUUUGCAAAGAGUAGAAAAUAACAGCCUUCAUCAGGACUUGUUAGAAAUUAAAGCAAUCCUUCAGGUAGUACAGGGUUUGGUGAAAGUGAUGACCCUUUGCCCAAUUGAACAUUUGAGAAAGAAGAGUUUACAGAUGUUACAAUUACUGAUUGAUAAGUUUGGGCCUGAAGGAAAAUAUACACUAUUCAGGUGUCUGCUAAAGACAAGUAAUCACUCUGGGGUGGAAGGAUAUGUUAUACAGAACAUCAAGAACCAGAUAGACUUUGCACUGAAGGCCAAUACAAACAACAAGUGGUUUGUAGGACCUCGGUUGAUUCCACUUCUUCACAUUGUACUCUCAUUACCAGAAGGAGCAGAAACUGACCUACUUCAAAACUCUGAUCGAAUAAUGGCUUCACUGAACCUUCUGAGGUACUUAUUUAUAAGAGACAGCGAAAUGGAUAAUGAAACCGGUGUAUGGGCAGAACUUUAUAAAAUUGAACAUGAUUUCCUGAAACCUCUUCACACAGGGCUCAAUAUGUCCAGAGCCCAUUAUGAAGCAGAGAUAAAAAGCGCACAGGAAAAAAAGCGAGGUGCCCAUGGCAGGAAGACAGCCUGUAGUGUGACAGCUGGAGGAACUAAAUUACCUGAUAUGACCCCAGAAAUGCAGCUCCAAGUUCUACAGUCAGCUCUUUUUACAUUUGAUUUAAUGGAAAGCGUUCUUGCCAGAGUCGACGAACUCAUUGAAGCAAGACUAAAAUCUGCAUCGGAGGAGAAAAUCGGGUCAAGUAAAGAUGUUUAGCUUUUUCUGAUUUGUAUUUAUGAUCAAGUUCUAGCCAAUAAAUUUACAAAAUAUUUAAUAUGAAUCAA